UCGCGGUUUAUAGUUCCGCGCCUUUUUCACAUCAUCAGACUCCAUUCCCGAAGCUCCUUCGCUCUUCUCUCUCUCUCUCUCGGAAGGCGAAAUGGCGCGUAAACCUAGGCGUAAUGUGCCGGAGAUUCUAUGGAGGUCGUUCGGAGAAAGAGCCAAGAAUUUGAAGGACUCGAUAAUAGAUCUGAUUACUCGUCGGAGUAUCCAGCCGGAGCAAUGCCGAUGCCGGGGGCAGGGUUGUCUCGGUUGCAGCUGCGAUAAACCGUCGUUUCUGCUGCGUCCCGAUGACCCGAUCCACUACCGUAAACUUCUUCACCGAUGCUUCGUUGUACUCCACGAACAAACCCCUCCGCCGCCGAGGUUCUCGCCGACGUCUUGGGGGUCACAGAGAGAGAUUGUUGAGAGGAUGAUUGAAAUUUUGGAAUCUAGAUGUGAUUGUGGGAAUGUGAUAUGUGCCAGAUAUGACAAGUAUGAUCAGUCUAGCCCUGUUUUGGAGUUGUUGACAACUUCUUCUUGGGAGUUUCUUCUCAACCGGAUUGGUUCUGAUUUAAUGGUUUAUCUACUACAACACACAUCGAUAUUCUUACCUUUUCUAGGAAAGAAACACCAGCAAGUGUCAGGACCUCCUCUAUGUAUCACUCAAAAGGAGACCUUGUCAGUCCCCAACAACAAAAGAAAGAGUGACGAGAGCGUGGAACCAUCAAAGAAAAGGCAGCGGCUUUCUUCUACUGUCAAUGAAUGCCUUAAGGAAGACUCUGCAGCUGUUACGUCCAUAGUUUCCGUGGAUGUAGGCGGACAUAGAGAGGAGAAACCUAGAAAACGUUCAAGAUUGUAUCUUAAGCGUAGACGAAAGCAGAGAAAGGUCAAUUGCCUAAAAGUUGACGAUGAGGCACCUUGUGUAACUUCUUGUACAAAUGGUGAAGCCUCAAAUGGGAAUGAAGCUGAUGGAAGGAAUCUGCAAAUCAGUAUAAGUGGAAGUCUCACUGAUUUCACAAAGCAGGCCAAACAGGUGAAAAGAAAUAAACAUUUCAAGUUUGCCAACUCGGAAACGGCUUCAGUUAUACCACCAAAUCAUAUUUUGAAAACUUUAAGAGCCAACUGCUCUGAUUCAAAGUCCCUGAUGAACCAUAUAUUUGGUGAAGUAAGUGCUUGGUCCGCAGCGCCAUCUCAUGGCAAAGGCAAUUGUCCCAGUGGAUCUAUUUGCUUGUAUCAUUCACUGCUCAAGUCUCUUAAAGGUCUAAUUGGAAAAACAAAGUCCUCUCAGUUGAAAACGUUACUAGAUAAACACUGUCCUGUUCUCUUGCCACAAGAGGAUGCGUUGAAGUCAGCAAAUGCGACUUCUCAGAGUUCCUGGAGGCAAAACUCAGGUAAGCUGCCUCACGGAUCAAAUUCAGAGAAGGGCAAACCCAACAGUCACAAUGCCGAAGAAGGGAGGCUGUAUUGCACAAAAGACCAAGUAGUUUCUUUUAUUUGGGCCAUCUGUAAGUACAUUAUUCCAGAAGGUUUGCUUGGGACCAGUCAUCAGAUGAGAGUGCUUAGGAGAAACAUAGCCUGGUUUGUUUCUCGCCGAAGAAAUGAGAAAUGCACAGUGACGCAAUUUUUGCAUGGAGUGAAACCAUCAGAUUUCUCAUUCUUUGCCAGUAAACAGUUGUGCUGUAUGGUCAACGGACAUGCACACCAGAAUGAGUCCAUCAGAAGUACACAGCAGAUGUUGUGCACGAAAUGGAUAUCUUGGCUUUUCUUAGAGAUUGUCAAGAAACUGUUGCUCUUCAACUUCUAUGCAACUGAAAGGCAAGAUGGGCGGCUGGACAUCUAUUAUUACCGGAAGUGCAACUGGGAAAGGUUAAUACGCAAAGAGAUUACCAAAGCCCUUGAUGGAUAUGUCCAAGUGGAGAAUGCUGAAGCUGAAAGCAGAAGGAAAAAUCUGGGGUUGUCGAAGUUUAGAUUUCUACCAAAGGCAAACGGUGUGAGGAUGCUGUUAGAUUUUAGUUCCUCGUCAAGGUUGGAAUCUCUUCGUGAUACGCAUGCCGUUUUGAAGGACAUUCAGCAGAAAGAACCAGAUGUCCUCGGAUCAUCUGUUUUUGACCAUGAUGAUUUCUACAGAAACCUAGGCCCGUAUCUGAAACAUUUGAGGAGUCAAUCUGGGGAACUUCCUCCUUUGUUCUUUGUGGUUGCGGAUGUUUUCAAAGCAUUUGAUUCCAUCGACCAGGGUAAGCUACUUGAUGUUGUACAAGGUGUCCUGAAAGAUGAACAUAUCUUAAAAAGAUGUAGGUUGAUCAGCUGCGGGAAGAGAUCACAUUGGGUAAACAAUAUACUAGUCUCGACUGAUAAGAAUGCUACCGUUUCAAGAUUCACAUCAACUGUUCCAUAUAAUGCUCUGCAAAGUAUCAUUGUUGAUCAGGGAGAAAACCAUCUAGUGAGGAAAAACGAUAUCAUGCUUUGGAUAAACAACAUGCUAAAGAACAACAUGCUGCAAAUAGAUAAAAACUUCUAUGUACAAACAGCAGGAAUACCUCAGGGACACAGAUUAUCAUCUUUGUUGUGCUGUUUUUACUACGGGCAUCUCGAGAGGACUUUGAUCUACCCGUUCCUCGAGGAAUCCUCUAGAGAUGCGUCUGCUGCAGAAUGCAAUGGAGAGAAAGAGCUAAUCACUCGCCCAAGCUAUAAGUUACUGAGAUUUAUCGAUGACUACCUCUUUGUUUCUACCUCAAGAGAUCAGGCCACUAGAUUCUAUCAGAGGUUGAAGCAAGGGUUUCCAGAUUACAACUGCUUCAUGAACAACAAGAAAUUCUGCAUAAACUUCGAAGAUGAAGAAGAAUCUCAGAGUUCUUCUUCUAACAGGGUGUAUGUGGGUGGUAAUGAAGUUUCAUUUAUAAGAUGGACGGGUUUGCUUAUUAACUCCCGUACAUUCGAAGUUCAAGUUGACUACACAAGGUACUUGAAUGGCCAUAUAAGCUCAACCUUUUCGGUAGCCUGGCAGAAUAAACCACUUGGAAAUCUUCGGCAUAAAUUGCGUUACUUCUUGGUCCCCAAAUGUCAUCCCAUUCUCUUUGACUCGAACAUCAACUCGGGAGCAAUUGUCAGGUUAAACAUCUAUCAGAUCUUUCUGUUAGCUGCAAUGAAGUUUCACUGUUAUGUCUACGAGUUGUCCCGGUUUUGGAAGCUUCAUCCUCAAGCUUUGUCCAAAUUCAUCACAAGAUCUAUCAGGUACAUGUUCAAACUCAUAAAUAGAAGGACGCACAGAAUCAACACUGGUUCUAGUUUCAGACCAGUUCUUAAACUGUGCAAAGAAGAAGUGAUAUGGCUUGGCUUACACGCUUACAUUCAAGUACUGAAGAAGAAAAACUCCCGAUAUCGAACCCUCUUGAACUAUUUGAGAUCUGCGCUUUCGAAACUCGAUCUUUCUCUGAAUCUAUCGCCGGAGUUAGAGUAUGCAACGGACCGGUCAAACUCAUCUUGCAUUUGGAAACUGAGUUACUGAUCCCUCUAAGAUUGAAACUGGUC